AUGGCUAAGACAAAGACAAAGGAGAGCAAGGCCAAGGUUGCUGAGCCUCUCAGCACCGUCAAGGCUGGAGGCAUCACCAAGCCUUCCAAGUCCUCCAAGUCCAAGUCCAAGGAGCUUGCUAAGGCUGCUGCCAAGAAGGUCACCAAGGAGAAGGACACCAAGAAGAGCAAGAAGAAGGCCGAGCCCGAGUCUUCUUCCGAGUCUGAGUCUGAGUCUGAGUCUGAGUCUGAGAGCGAGUCUGAGGCUUCCGACUCCGACUCUUCUUCCUCUGAGGAGGAGAAGAAGGUUACUAAGAAGACUGUCACCAAGGCCAAGGCCAAGGCUGCUGAGUCUUCAUCUGAAUCUGAGUCCGACUCUGGCUCAGACUCCGACUCCGACAGCGAGUCUGAGGAGGAGAAGCCCAAGGCUAAGGCUACCAAGGUCAACGGUACUGCUAAGGCUGCCGCUCCCGCCAAGAAGGCUGAGUCUUCUGACUCAUCUGACUCUGAGUCUGGCUCCGGUUCCGACUCUGACUCGGACUCCGACGAUGAGAGUGAAGAGGAGAAGCCCAAGGCCAAGGCUGCCGAGAAGAAGGCCGAUUCUUCUGACGACUCCGAUUCCGACGAUUCUGAGGAUGACUCCGAUGACAGUGACAGCAGCGACUCUGAUGAGGCCGGCGCCAAAAUUGAGAAGACCGAGGAGGCUCCUUCGAAGAAGCGCAAGGCUGAGGAUGAUGGCGAUGCGGAUGCCAAGAAGACAAAGACUGACGAGGCCACUACCCUCUUCGCCGGCAGCCUAAGCUGGUCCAUCGACGACAAUGCCCUCUACGAGGCUUUCAAGCACAUCGAGGGUCUUGCCAACGCCCGCGUCAUGACUGAGAAGGGUACUGGUCGCAGCCGUGGCUUCGGUUAUGUUGACUUCAACGAUGCUGCCUCUUGCACCAAGGCCUACGAGACCAUGCAGGGUGUUGAACUUGAGGGCCGUGCCAUCAACCUCGACUAUGCCAACGCUCGUCCCGCUGAUGCCAACCCUCAGUCUCGCGCUGCCGAUCGUGCCCAGCGUCAUGGUGACACUGUCAGUCCUGAGAGCGAUACCCUCUUCGUCGGUAACCUUCCCUUCGAUGUCGACCAGGACACCGUCCGUGAGUUCUUCAGCGAUGUCGCUGAAGUUGCCAGCGUUCGCCUCCCCACCGACCCUGAUAGCGGUAACCUCAAGGGCUUCGGUUACGUCAGCUUCAACUCGGUCGAGGAUGCCAAGCAGGUCUUCGAGGCCAAGAAUGGUGCCCCUAUUGGUAACGGACGUAUGUCCCGUAGCGUCCGCCUGGACUAUGCUAGCAGCAGACCUCAACAGGGCGGCGGCGGCGGCUUUGGUGGUGGUCGUGGAGGUGGUCGCGGUGGAGGUCGUGGUGGCUUUGGAGGCCGCGGAGGUGGUCGCGGUGGCGGUGGUGGUCGCGGCCGUGGUGGUGGCCGUGGUGGUAGCUUCGGCACUGGUGCUAACCGCACUCCUACCACUUUCUCUGGCUCCAAGAUUUCUUUCGAUUAA